AUAUAAUUUGUGUAGAUCAGAAGGCCGAGAUCAACAAAGUUCACGAAGACGACCCCAGUUGAAGGAUCGGGACAAGAGACAGCCUCCUCUCACGAGUCUCACGACGGUUCACCAGAAGGGGCCUUGCCCAUCAUGUUCUCACAUCGUCUUCUGACCGGGCUUGUCCCCCGACGAACCUUCUCUCACACUACCACCCGUUUUCUCACCAAGCCAUCAUGCUCAUCACCACCAUGUCUGGGCAGCCGACCCUCUCACCAGUCCAAGGCCCUCACCAAGCCACGCCUCCUCUCACUUGAGACUCUUCACAACUACCACACCACCAAACCCCUCCUCUCCCAACCCGAAAUCCCAACCACACCCACGAGCGCCACCCUCCCCACCUCCGCCGUCCCCUCCUCCGACCCUCCUCUAUCCGAAUACGUCCCCCCAACAACCGGUCUCCUCUCGCGCCUUCCCUCCUCCUGGCUCCCCUACGCCGAACUAGCUCGUCUCGACAAGCCCACCGGCUCUUACUACCUCUUCUUCCCCUGCCUCUUCAGCACUUUACUCGCCGCGCCCCUCGCCAACACGGCGGCGGCGGCGGGCAUGGCCUCGCCCGCCACCGUCAUCGGCACCUCCCUCCUCUUCUUCUCCGGCGCCCUCAUCAUGCGCGGCGCCGGCUGCGCCAUCAACGACCUCUGGGACCGCAACCUCGAUCCACACGUGACGCGUACACGGCUGCGGCCCAUCGCGCGGAGGGCCAUCACGCCCUUCCAGGGCCUGGUGUUCACGGGCUCGCAGCUUCUGGCCGGGUUGGCGGUGCUGCUGCAGUUCCCGUUUGAGUGCUUCUGGUACGCGACGCCGUCGCUGCUGUUUGUGGCGUGCUACCCGCUGGCGAAAAGGGUGACAUAUUACCCGCAGUUUGUGCUCGGGUUGACGUUCUCGUGGGGAGCGAUUAUGGGUUUUCCCGCGCUGGGGGUGGACUUGUUGGCGAACAGCGCGGCGUUGACGGCGGCGGGGUGCUUGUAUACGAGCAACAUUGCGUGGACGGUGUUGUACGAUAUGAUUUAUGCACAUAUGGAUAUCAAGGAUGAUGCCAAGGCGGGUAUCAAGAGCAUUGCGCUCAAGCACGAUAAGGAGACGAAGCAGGUGUUGACGGGUCUGGCGGUUGCGCAGAUUGCGCUGCUGGCUGGGGCGGGCGCGGCGGUUGGUGCUGGGCCGGCGUUCUUCAUCGGAAGCUGUGGUGGCGCGGCCUUGACGUUGGGUUACAUGAUCAAGAAGGUUAACUUGAAGAGCGUCAAGGACUGCUGGUGGUGGUUUGUCAAUGGCUGCUGGAUCACCGGUGGCGUCAUCAGCAUGGGAUUGGCAGCGGACUAUCUGCUCAAGUACUACGAGCAGGAGAAGCAGGAGAAGAAGCCGGAAGAGCUAGAGUCGGCCUGAAAGAUGGUAACUAGGUUCUACUCUCUGUUCUGUCUGGGAUAUCAUCUUUGUAAUUUCAUGUACCAUAACACCAUGAUUGUCAUACUAUUAGACACAAACAGUCCCUCAGGGGGCAAUCUCCAGAACACCGAAAAGGCAGAAGAUAGAGAGAAGCUUUUGGGGAAGCACGAUUUCUUUUGGCAAUUAAUGACCUGCUUUCUGUUGGAUCAUUACUACCAUGAGAGUUCAGGUAUCCCUUAAACCCAAAAC